AUGGGCCAGCCUGAACUUAUCAAAGCCACGGGCCAGCCUGAACUGAUCAAAGCCACGGGCCAGCCUGAACUGAUCAAAGCCACGGGCCAGCCUGAGCUGAUCAAAGCCACGGGCCAGCCUGAACUGAUCAGAGCCACGGGCCAGCCUGAGCUGAUCAAAGCCACGGGCCAGCCUGAACUGAUCAAAGCCACGGGCCAGCCUGAACUGAUCAAAGCCACGGGCCAGCCUGAACUGAUCAAAGCCACGGGCCAGCCUGAACUGAUCAGAGCCACGGGCCAGCCUGAGCUGAUCAAAGCCACGGGCCAGCCUGAACUGAUCAAAGCCACGGGCCAGCCUGAACUGAUCAAAGCCACAGCCCAGCCUGAACUGAUCAAAGCCACGGCCCAGCCUGAACUGAUCAAAGCCACGGUUUAUCCUCUUGUUGUUACAACUGAAUUGAUUGAAUCACCCUUCAUGCGUGUUGAUGAUCCUUUUGAACCAUUUACAGGUCAUAUAGGUGAUAUAAGACAAAAUACCAUAACUAUAUGUGGUGAAGUUCAGGUGCUGACUGAGCCAUGCGACCCCAGUGUACCCAGCGAGGCUCAGGAGGUGCUGACUGAGCCACGCGACCCCAGUGUACCCAGCGAGGCUCAGGAGGUGCUGACUGAGCCAUGCGACCCCAGUGUACCCAGCGAGGCUCAGGAGGUGCUGACUGAGCCACGCGACCACUGUGUACCCAGCGAGGCUCAGGAGGUGCUGACUGAGCCACGCGACCACAGUGUACCCAGCGAGGCUCAGGAGGUGCUGACUGAGCCCCGCGACCCCAGUGUACCCAGCGAGGCUCAGGAGGUGCUGACUGAGCCAUGCGACCCCAGUGUACCCAGUGAGGCUCAGGAGGUGCUGACUGAGCCACGCGACCACAGUGUACCCAGCGAGGCUCAGGAGGUGCUGACUGAGCCCCGCGACCACAGUGUACCCAGCGAGGCUCAGGAGGUGCUGACUGAGCCCCGCGACCCCAGUGUACCCAGCGAGGCUCAGGAGGUGCUGACUGAGCCACGCGACCCCAGUGUACCCAGCGAGGCUCAGGAGGUGCUGACUGAGCCACGCGACCACUGUGUACCCAGCGAGGCUCAGGAGGUGCUGACUGAGCCACGCGACCACAGUGUACCCAGCGAGGCUCAGGAGGUGCUGACUGAGCCACGCGACCACUGUGUACCCAGCGAGGCUCAGGAGGUGCUGACUGAGCCACGCGACCACUGUGUACCCAGCGAGGCUCAGGAGGUGCUGACUGAGCCACGCGACCACUGUGUACCCAGCGAGGCUCAGGAGGUGCAGGUGGAAGUGUCUCUCAGAUCAUAUACACUGAUGGUUCUCUACACCGCUCCACAGGUGCAGGUGGAAGUGUCUCUCAGAUCAUAUACACUGAUGGUUCUCUACACCGCUCCACAGGUGCAGGUGGAAGUGUCUCUCAGAUCAUAUACACUGAUGGUUCUCUACACCGCUCCACAGGUGCAGGUGGAAGUGUCUCUCAGAUCAUAUACACUGAUGGUUCUCUACACCGCUCCACAGCUUGAGAACUAUAAUUCACAAAAACCUUCAACGAAACCUAAUAGAACUGAGGCAAAGUGA